AAAUUUUUAAUAGUUAUUUAACGCUCCCGCACGCGCCUAACAGUUAGCAGUGAGAUAAUACAUUACCUGGGAUUGGCAGAGUACGAAAUAACAGCACAAACUGUGGAACAGAUAUGCAUUUGGCAUUACAUAAGAAGCGAAUGGCUAAGCGAAAAUAAUUGGGAAUCGGACAAAGAUUGACUGCAAUUGAAGAUAUUUCAUCAGCCAUUUUGGAGCGCAGCCACAGCAAGAGUUUCGGACUGAAGAAAAGUCUUGUACACUGGGAAACAAAUUAAGGGAAAAUAUGUGCUGGGCAACAAUAAAGCUAAGGCAGGAGUGUUUCAACUGUAGCAUCAGCAGCAGUGAGGCCGCCAACAACAGCAACAACAGCAACAGCAGCAGCAACCAGAACCGCCGAGAGUGUGCGCCUAGCAACAAGAUCGAAUUGGCGAGCGAAUUUCUUUGAUUUGCGCCCAUGUGUCCGCAGCAUUUCUCAAGCCAAAGAGUGUAAAUAGUAGUACAUAGUUAUAGCACAAUUCACGCGCACAGUGAACUCUGCGAAAAGGAAAACUUAAGAUUAUAGCAGUAAUACAAAGAUACAAGAGAGAUCGAUCCCAAAAUGAAUCCCAGCGGACCAGCUGCCACAGGCAGUCCUAAGAAAUUCAAUGUUUUGGCCCACUUCAAGUACGAGCAUCUGGUGGCCGGAGUGUCCGGAGGUGUAGCGUCUACAAUUAUACUCCAUCCACUGGACCUCAUCAAGAUUCGAUUUGCUGUUAACGAUGGACGGACAGCGACGGUGCCCCAGUAUCGUGGAUUGGGCAGCGCCUUUACCACCAUAUUCCGCCAAGAGGGCUUUCGAGGGCUCUACAAGGGUGUCACCCCCAAUGUAUGGGGAUCGGGCUCCUCCUGGGGACUGUACUUCAUGUUCUACAACACCAUCAAAACAUUCAUCCAGGGCGGUAAUACAACAAUGCCACUGGGUCCCGCCAUGCACAUGCUGGCUGCCGCCGAGUCUGGAGCCCUCACCCUGCUCCUAACCAAUCCCAUUUGGGUGGUAAAGACGCGCCUGUGUCUGCAGUGUGACUCCUCGGCCAGUGCCGAGUACCGGGGAAUGGUACAUGCUCUGAGCCAGAUCUACAAGGAGGAGGGUGUCCGGGGAUUGUACAGAGGGUUCGUUCCCGGCAUGCUGGGCGUCUCACACGGAGCCAUUCAGUUCAUGACCUACGAGGAGAUGAAGAAUGCCUACAACGAAUACCGCAAGCUGCCCAUCGAUACGAAACUGGCCACCACCGAGUACUUGGCCUUUGCGGCCGUCUCCAAGCUGAUUGCGGCUGCAGCCACAUACCCGUACCAGGUGGUGCGUGCCCGCCUGCAGGAUCACCACCACCGCUACAGCGGCACCUGGGACUGCAUUAAACAGACUUGGAGAUUCGAAGGCCUCAACGGCUUCUACAAGGGCCUGCAGCCUAACCUGACGCGUGUGAUACCCGCGUGCAUGAUCACGUUCCUCGUGUACGAAAACGUAUCGCAUUACAUGCUGGCCAAACGAAAAAGUGCCGAGGGUCAGACACAAGCUAUAAAGAAGGACAAUUAAAUCGACUAAAACCAAACUCGCAAAAACUUACGAUUCAGGAUUCCUCUAGUUUAUAAUUAAGAAGUGUACCUCUAUAUCGCAUUACAUUAUACCAGUAGUCGCAGGGCAGCUGCACAAGUGUUGAGCACUGGAAA